GUUCUACCGUGUGGCAAAUAUUUUGUUGUUAAUUUGUUUUGUGGGGAAGAGACAGCGAUCGAGCAGAGGUGAGGUGUGGGCGGAAUGAAGCCAGACGAGGAGAUGGGGCCGGACUACCGGGGUUUCGAGGUCGAGACGGACGACGAGGACAACGAAGCGCAGCAGCACGACGACUGCCCCCACUCUUCUUCCUCCUCUUCGUCCUCCCCCUCCGCUCACUCGUCCUAUUAUUCCCGACAUCAUGCAGGAGAGCCCUGCUCUUAUCAGCCCAGUUGGCCCCAGAGCUACAGGCAGUCUCUUGAUAUAUUGGCCAGCGUUCCUUCACCCAACGUUGGGUUCAUGGCGGGGUCCAGCUUGGUUCGGGCGGGCAGCUCUUUCUUCAGGUGUUCGACGCUGGCCCCAUCAGCACCAGAGGAGGUGCCCUCUCUCACCAAGCCACUCAUCUACCCCGGCUCGGACCAUCCUUGGCCUCCACCCUAUGCUCCCCUCCCUUCCACUCCAUCAAAGGGUUCCUUCGGUGCAUACUCCUACCGUGACUUGCCUCCCUCACCACAGUGCUCUACAGCUCAAGCAAUCGUCAAUGGAAUUAAUGUUCUAUGUGGAGUUGGAAUCCUUACAACCCCUUAUGCAGUCAAAGAAGGUGGAUGGUUGGGCAUGCUGGUGCUGUUUGCAUUGGGUGCCAUCUCAUGCUACACUGGGGUCUUGCUAAAGAGAUGCUUGGAUAGCUCCCCAGAGCUCCAGACAUAUCCUGACAUCGGACAGGCGGCAUUUGGAAUGACCGGUCGUUUAUGGAUAUCAAUAGUCCUUUACCUAGAGCUUUAUGCAAGUUGCGUCGAGUACAUAACUCUAGUGGGUGAUAGCUUGUCAUCAUUGUUUCCCCAUGCCCAUGUAAAUUUCAUGGGGGUUGAUUUGAGUUCUCACCAGCUCUUUGCUGUAACAACAGCCAUCAUGGUUCUUCCAACAGUGUGGCUCAGAAACCUUGGUUUGCUGUCCUACCUUUCAGCUGGUGGUGUGAUUGCAACUAUACUGGUUGUGAUCUGCUUGCUUUGGGUGGGUGCGGUGGAUCGAGUCGGGUUCCAUCCAGGUGGGACUGCAUUGGAUCUUGCAAACCUUCCAGUGGCAAUUGGGUUAUAUGGCUUCUGCUAUUCAGGGCAUUCUGUUUUCCCAAACAUAUAUUCUUCUAUGAAUAUACAGGCACAAUUUCCAGCAGUUCUGAUUUUCUGUUUUGCCCUGUGCACCAUUCUGUAUGCUGGGGUAGCGGUGGCAGGUUUUCUGAUGUUUGGCGAGUCUAUUAAGUCUCAGUUUACGCUAAAUAUGCCUCAUCAGUAUCUGUCCUCUAAAAUUGCUGUUUGGACUACGGUUGUAAAUCCUCUCUCGAAAUACGCCUUAACUAUGACUCCAGUUGCAUUGAGUCUAGAGGAGCUUUUACCUUCGACUGAACAAUCUCAUUUGGUUGCGGUGUUGAUUAGAACAGUUCUGGUUUUCUCGACAUUGUUCGUGGCGCUAUUGUUUCCAUUUUUUGGAUUUGUAAUGGCAUUGCUUGGAUCUGUUUUCACAAUGUUAGUGGCUCUUAUUUUACCGUGUGCAUGCUAUCUCAGCAUUCAGCGCAGAUCAGUAAAUUUUACACAGGUUUUUGUUUGCAUUUCAAUUAUCAUGGUGGGAGUGGUAUGCUCUUGCUUUGGUUCAUACAGCUCAAUCAAGCAGAUACUUGACCGUAAAGGGCAUUAGGUUCCUUGCAAGCAUUUAUUUUAUUCAUUCAAGUGCUGAAGCGGGCCAAAGUUCCGAAGCUGUCAGCGGCAGGCCAAUAGCAAAUAAUAUAAAUGAAUUAGCACCAAUCAAGUGGUGAUGGACCAAAUGGAACAGAUAAGCCGCUUGAUCUGUAUGCUCUUUUCAUGCAAAUCCCGUGAAUGCGAUUCUUCGAUCCUGUAUACCAGUUUUCUAAUGAUGCAGGAAUCAGUUUCUUCAAGCUUGUUUAAUAUUUGUAUUCAUACUAGAAGUAUAUAAGUCAUCCGUUGUAGCAAAAAAAAAAGAAAAAGCAGCAGCUUGUCCAACAUAUCCAUGCACCUUUUUGAUCAAGUUUCGUUGUAGCAAAAAAAAAAAAAAAAAAAGGCUUAUCUAGCAUAUCCAUGCACCUUUUUGAUCAAGUUUCGGUUUUAAGCACCUAAUGUUAUUCUUCCAAAGAUGUUUAUAUCAUGAAUGAGAGGCACUUCAAUAUUGAACAUAUA